UAUUUUGAAAGAGGUGCAUUGCAUAAGAACACACACGGUUUUUGAGAGGGUGAUUUACAAAUGAAACUCGCAAAUUUAAAGUCUCUUUACCUCAUGGUCAACCGCACCAAUAGAGAUCGAGAGAACACCUUCCGCGGUCGUAUCGGGUUUCCUUAUCAGUGCUUCACUCUGGAGACUGGGGAUAUCUAUUUUUCUGAAGUUUAGAUGUACAUUUUUCGUAGGGUCGUUUAUUAACACGGAUCAAGUUUUUACUAUCAUUUCAUUUACAAGAUUCUUCUUUUGUCCAAUCUGGGUUUGUCGUAUCUUUCAAUUUAAAAGGCCGAGAUUCCCGGAGGAGAAUCAAACGUUCCGCAUCGGUGACAGUGGUAGCUAGGAGCCGCAAAUCGAGAUGUGACGGGGGGAAAAUCGGGAUUUUAUAGUUUUAAAAUGAUGGAUUCUUCGCCAGAAUGAAGAUUCUGUUUGUAUAUGUAGAUAUAUUUUUUCUCCUGUGUACAGUAUCCAGUGAUUAUUGGAGUCCUUGGACACAAUGGAGCGCUUGUUCCAGAACUUGUAAUGGUGGCGCCGCCUAUCGGGUCAGACGGUGUAUCAAACAUCAGAAAAUCGCUCGAGGUUGCCAGUCCGAAGACGUGCAGUAUAAAUCAUGUAACACUCAGGAAUGUUUUGGUAAUGAAGACGAUUUUCGGUCCAUGCAAUGCUCGUCCUUUAACAAUCAGUCGUAUUCAGGACAACUGCUGAAAUGGAUCCCGUAUCACGACUCCACUAGUCCUUGCGCUCUCUACUGCCAGGCCGAGGGAUCUGAUGUCAUCCACCGGUUUGCUGACAGUGUGCUGGACGGAACGAAGUGUCGGAAUGGUUUUAAGGAUAUGUGUAUUGGCGGUGAAUGCUGGCAUGUGGGGUGCGAUGAAAUACUCGGAUCAAAUACAGAAGUGGAUGAUUGUGGUGUCUGUGGUGGAAACGAUUCGUGUAUCUCUCGACAUCAGACAAAAUUCCGAUGGGUACAAUCUGGCUUUGGUGAAUGUUCAUCGACUUGUGGUGUAGGAUACAAAAGAAGGAAGUUGAUGUGUGUGAACAGAGUGUCAGGCGCACGAGUCAGCUCGAGAAGAUGCCUGUCUCAGGAUAAGCCACGAGGUUACACUCAAACGUGCGAAGCACGCAAAUGUGAAGGGAGGUAUGAUUGGGUGUUUGGUUCGUGGAGUAACUGCUCAUGCGCAGUGAAGUUCUCUUCUAGAGUCAGGCGAUGUGUUUUGUUCCAUCCAAAUUCUACCCAAACGUAUGUCAGCGAAGCGCUCUGUAACGCAAUGACACCAGAAAUCAGACGACCGUGUAACAUCAAAUUCUGUCCUUUAUGGCAUGUUGGUCAUUGGUCACCUUGUUCUGUAACAUGUGGUACCGGAGUUCAACGCAGAGGUGUCGUCUGCCAACAUUUCGGAAAGGAAUUCUGUGAUCUAAAAUCUAAACCAAUAACGGUCCAACCCUGUAACACUACGAUUUCGUGUUCAUUUCAAUAUGAUGCCAGCUAUGCAGAUUACAUGCUUAAAGAUAUUCAAGAAGUGAUGAUCGGGGAGUCGGAUAGCAGAUCAAUAAAACGAAUACCCCCGCAAAAUCGCACAGAAAGGAAGGAACACCGCCCAAGAUUCGUGGCAAGAGAAUGGCAGCCAUGUAGCGUAACUUGUGGUAAAGGACGGAAGUGGCGUGUCGUCAGCUGCCAAGUUUUUGUCCCGAGCACAGACAAAAUGUCGGAACUUCCGGAAGAAGAAUGCGCUGGUACAAGGCCUGUGGAGUCGUCGCCUUGCGUAAUACAAGAGUGCGUGGAUCAGUUUGAGUACCGUAUUGUGGGGAUGACGCCAUGCAGCAGAAGCUGUCUCGGAGGUGUACAAGAAACAAUCAUUAGAUGUGUUAAUAUACAUAACGGUUCUUCAGUCGAUGAAAGGUAUUGCAGUAAUGCACGGCUUAUCCCCAUUGACAGACGAGUAUGCAAUGAUAUCAAUUGUCCACAAAGAUGGAAAAUUGGUGAUUUUGGGAUGUGUUCGGUGAGCUGUGGAGGUGGAAUCAUGCACCGCGAUGUAGAGUGCAUCCAGGAGUUUGCUGCUGGUUACCGAAACGUGAUCCAUCUUCCAGACUACAUGUGUGAACAACCCAUCCCAACGCGCAACAGAAAGUGCAAUAACGUAGACUGUAAUUCCGAGUGGAUGGCUGGUGCUUGGUCACAGUGUUCCGUAACAUGUGGUUCUGGAUAUCAGUGGCGCGAUGUUUACUGUGCUAAAAAGAAUGCAGAAGGACAGUACAUAAAUAUUACCUCCAGCUUGUGUGAUCUGAGAAAACAACCGAUAGAUAUCCAAAAGUGCAAUCAAUCUGUGUGCCCAAAACCCAAAUUGAGAUCGAUGGAUGUGCAGUUCUUUCAACUCGAUAAACUCAAACGUGUAAAACUUACAAUUGGCAUGUCAGCAGCAAUCUUACCGGGAACAACAGUACUGCUCAAGUGUCCCACAAGGGGAAUACUAUUAACAGAUAUAAGUUGGUUAAAAAAUGGAACAAAUAUUACUUAUUCUAGAAGGAUAAAGUUAACCCGGAAAAGGUUUUUGAAAAUCAAACACGCCAUUCCAGAAUUGGAUUCUGGGAUAUAUUCGUGUAAGGCAGGAUCCCUACAAUCAAGUUCUACUUUAACCUUUAGCAGUGUGUAUGACAUAUUUAAAGCUACAAUGUUGAGAGAGAAGUACCUCUCUGGAUUUCAACCAUUAAAUUUAGUGGCACGAAGCAUAUCCACAAAACAGAUUGACCCUGUGUCCAGGAGGUAUAGUCCUCUCUAUCUCGUUCAGUCGGACUGGCGUCCGUGUUCGGCUACAUGUGGUGGAGGGUUACAAUCGCGAAAUGUCAGUUGUGAAAUCAUAACACGUGACUACUAUGAAGUGUUUCCGGUGAGGUACUGCACUAAAGCUGGACACAGAGCACCAUUGUUGAUUCAAAGCUGUAAUACCUUUCCUUGCGUGGAAUGGCAUUUAGGAAACUGGUCUGAGUGUUCAUCGACAGAAUGUGUGAGAGAUAGGGUUGCUUUACGAAGACGAGAAGUACAUUGUUUAUCAAAUGGUCAAAUUAUGAAUGAUACUUCACACUGUGACAAACUGGGCCACAUUCCUCCAUCUGAAAAAGAAUGUUCAAAUAAUGACUGCAAGGCAACCUGGACUGCUUCUAAAUGGACAGAGUGUCUUGGUGAAUGUGAACACAACGGUUUCAAAACCAGAACUCUCAGCUGUGUGUGGGCUAAAACGAAAAUUUCAGCAGGGCGUCACUGUGCUUCUGUCCAGCGCCCAAAGACUGUCAAAGUCUGCAAAAUGGGACGUUGUGUUGAGACAUGCAAAGACAAAUCAGAAUACUGCAGUGUUGUUAAAUUAAUGAAGUUUUGUAAAUUUGCAAACUUUCGUCGCAACUGUUGUUUAUCUUGUAAAAAUUCAUGAAUGUCACGUGUUUUCAUGUCAGAUAAUUCUACCUCAUCAGGUACUAAUGAUCAAAAGACAUUUGUAUUGUUGAUCAUUGUGAAUAAACAUACAUAUCUUUAAAA